CCUGCUAAUCUGACCUGUCGGGCCUUUUUUGGAUACAGUGGAGACGUGAGCCCUUUAAUUUACUGGAUGAAAGGGGAAAAGUUUAUUGAAGAUCUGGAUGAAAGCCGGGUUCGAGAAAGCGACAUCAGAGUUCUUAGAGAGCACCUUGGGGAGCAAGAAGUUUCCAUUUCCCUCAUUAUCGAUUCUGUGGAAGAAGGGGACCUUGGGAAUUACUCAUGUUAUGUGGAAAAUGGGAAUGGAAGGCGGCAGGCCAGUAUUCUUUUACACAAAAGAGAGCUGAUGUACACAGUUGAACUUGCUGGUGGGCUUGGUGCAAUCCUGCUGCUACUUGUCUGUUUAGUAAUACUCUACAAGUGCUAUAAGAUUGAGCUCAUGCUGUUUUAUCGCAACCAUUUUGGAGCUGAUGAGGCUGAUGGAGAAAACAAAGAUUAUGAUGCGUACUUGUCUUACACCAAAGUGGAUCCUGACCAGUGGGGUCAGGAGACCAGAGAAGAGGAGCGAUUCGCACUCGAGAUCCUCCCUGACGUGCUGGAGAAGCACUGUGGCUAUAAGCUCUUCAUACCCGACAGGGAUUUAAUUCCAACAGGAAGUAUCACCAAUGAUCAUUACCAGGAUGAUACAAGACUGCUCAGAGCUUAUAUUGAAGAUGUGGCGAGAUGUGUGGAUCAGAGCAAAAGACUAAUAAUUGUGAUGACCCCCAACUACGUGGUCAGAAGAGGCUGGAGCAUCUUUGAGCUUGAGACACGGCUCCGCAACAUGCUGGUCUCUGGAGAGAUCAAGGUCAUACUGAUCGAAUGCACUGAACUCCGAGGCAUCAUGAACUACCAGGAGGUGGAGGCUCUCAAACACACCAUCAAGCUGCUGACUGUUAUCAAAUGGCAUGGGCCCAAAAGCAACCAGCUGAAUUCGAAGUUCUGGAAACAUUUACAGUACGAAAUGCCCUUUAAGAGGAUAGAGCCCAUCAUUACGCACGAGCAGGUCUUAGAUGUGAGCGAGCAAGGACCCUUUGGAGAACUGCAGACAGUGUCAGCCAUCUCUAUGGCAGCUGCCACAUCCACCGCUCUGGCCACCGCCCAUCCAGACCUGCGCUCCACCUUUCACAACACCUACCACACCCAAAUGCGGCAGAAACAUUACUACCGCAGUUACGAGUACGAUGUACCUCACACCGGCACCCUGCCCACCGUUACCUCAUUAGGGAACCAACAAACCUACUGUAACAUCCCCAUGACGCUAAUCAAUGGGCAAAGGCCGCAGUCUAAAUCAAACAGGGGACAAAACCCAGAGGAGGCUCACAUGAACAAUGCCAUGCUGCCCCUCUUGCCCAGAGAGACCAGUAUAUCAAGCGUCAUUUGGUGACAGUUGAACAAAGUGGACAGUUGGCCCACUCCAGUGUUUGCUGAACCCUGCAGUCUGGUGGUUAUAACUGCAACCUUGACUGCUACUGUUAAACCUGAAUCACAAUCCACAUAGAAAAAACAAGAAGACACACACACACACACACACACACACACACACAUGGAAAACAGGGUCUUGUACAUAUAUUUGCAAUUUCUUUGUAGCAUUGGUGUCUUCCUGUUCUUUUGAUGUUUGUUGCCUCUACUACAUUAUGACUUUGUUUUAUAUGUUAUCCAAAAUGAUAUAUUUCUAGUUUUGUUUUAUUGGAUGCUCAGAAGAUGGUUCGUGUGCUAUAUAGAUUGGACAGUUCCUUUUUUCCUGACUUAGACUAGAAUGAUUUUAUUUUUAACAUUUAAUUGGAUUAUUUGGACAGAGCUCUGUUUUACUGGAAGGAGCAACAUUUUUUUUUGUUGGCCUAUCUAGCACAUAACUUGUUCAGAGUGCGUACUUUUUAAAUGGAUUAUGCAAAAGUUUGAGAAUCUUGACAGUAACAUUUCUUCCCCUUUUUUGAAAUAGCUUACAAAGAUAUUGGGGAGUGGUGCUAGGAACCAGCUUCAUCCAGUUGGUGAAGAUAAAAACAGGUGAAGAUAAAACAGGAACAUAUCAAACAUAAACCCGUUCUAACAGCAACGGCUGUACCAAUUCAGUAAAGACCAUGACAGGUAUUCUUAGACUUUUCUAUCAAAAAUAUUUGUUUAGAAGUACGUGAACAAUUCAUGCGUGCAUAAUGGAAAAGAGUUUUGUGUAUUUCACUACAUUGGUGUACUUUUUUAGGCCAGCAAAGUGGAUGUUCUCUUUAUAAUUUAAGUAUAAAUGCAUUUUGAUACUUUGGUUAAGUUCUUGAAAUGAUUUUAUAAGAAUGUUUUUCACGGGCUGAAAAAAACAAAAAAAACAAAAACAAGACUUAAGAGAAAAGAAUAUGCUUGUGUUUGAAAGACCAAGGCAGUUUUUAUCAGUUCUUAUGCAUAGUAAGUAAAUUCUAUAAAAACCUAAAAAAAAA